AUGCUGUUUUUGUACUCAAACUACCCAAAGUUUACCCAAAUUCAAUGCGUCUCUGCAGGUAAGGUGUUAAACACGGAUCUGCGUCAUUACCUCAGCCUGCAGUUCCAGAAAGGCUCUUUGGACCACAAGCUCCAGCAGGUGAUCAGAGAUAACCUGUACCUGCGCACCAUUCCCUGUACCACGAGGCAGCCUCGCGAAGGGGAGGUUCCAGGAGUGGACUAUAAUUUCAUCAGCGUGGGGGAGUUUCGUGUGCUGGAGGAGAGUGGCCUGCUACUGGAGAGUGGAACAUAUGAUGGUAAUUACUAUGGCACUCCAAAGCCUCCUGCAGAGCCUAGCCCAGUGCAGCCUGACCUGGUGGACCAGGUUCUGUUUGACGAGGAGUUUGAUGCAGAGGUCCAGCGCAAACGCACCACGUCUGUCAGCAAAAUGGAUAGAAAGGACAGUGCAGCUCCUGAGGAAGAGGAGGAGGAUGAGAGGCCACCCAUGGUCAAUGGGCUCACAGAACACAAGGAGGGACCGGAGUGGAGGAAAGCUGUGCCCAGCUACACACAGUCCAGCAGCAGCAUGGACUUCCGCAACUGGAACACGCUGCCACGUGACGAGAGCCAGGAGCCUCUGCCCAAGAACUGGGAGAUGGCCUAUACGGAGUCGGGCAUGGUCUACUUUAUAGACCAUAAUAGCAAGACCACGACCUGGCUCGACCCACGACUGGCAAAGAAAGCCAAGCCUCCUGAAAGAUGCGAGGAUGGAGAGCUUCCAUAUGGCUGGGAGAAGAUUGAGGACCCACAGUAUGGUACUUAUUAUGUGGACCACAUCAGCCAGAAGACUCAGUUUGAGAAUCCAGUGCAGGAAGCCAAGAAGAAACUCAGCCAGGACGCGUCUCCAACCAGUCAGCCAAUAGCAGCGGCCGCAGGAGCAGUACCAACGCCCUUAAAUGAAACUGGUUUAAGGGGAUUCACACGAGACCCAUCUCAGCUGCAGGGUGCUAUCUUGCGCACAACUUUGAAGAAGAGCCCUCAGGGCUUUGGUUUCACCAUCAUCGGUGGAGACCGACCAGAUGAAUUCCUUCAAGUGAAGAACGUCCUGAGAGAUGGACCCGCUGCACACGAUAACAAAAUCGCUUCGGGUGAUGUUAUAGUGGACAUAAAUGGUACAUGUGUGCUGGGUAAGACCCAUGCAGAUGUGGUCCAGAUGUUCCAGUCCAUUCCUGUGAAUCAGUAUGUGGAUAUGGUCCUGUGCCGUGGAUACCCGCUGCCAGAGGACACCAACUCCAGCGAAGAGGGCACGGGCGACAUAACUGCUAUGCCGGGAAUGGACGGGCAGCCCAUUCAUUCAGACAGGACGCCCUCUGUGCAGGACCUCCAUUACAUGACCACCGAUGGCAGACAUCCAGCUGCAGCAAUGCCCAACGGACGCUACCCAGAGGCGGGAGAGACCACCCUGCUGCAGCCCGAGCUGGUCAGCGUGCCUUUGGUAAAGGGGCCGAGCGGAUUCGGCUUUGCCAUCGCAGACUGUCCACUGGGCCAGAAGGUGAAGAUGAUUCUGGAUGCGCAGUGGUGCCGAGGUCUGCUGAAGGGGGACGUGAUAAAGGAAAUUAACAGGCAGAACGUGCAAACCCUCACCCAUGCGCAGGUGGUGGACAUCCUCAAAGACCAGCCCAUGGGCAGCGAGGUCAACGUCCUGGUGCUCAGAGGAGGUGAUGUUAUAGUGGACAUAAAUGGUACAUGUGUGCUGGGUAAGACCCAUGCAGAUGUGGUCCAGAUGUUCCAGUCCAUUCCUGUGAAUCAGUAUGUGGAUAUGGUCCUGUGCCGUGGAUACCCGCUGCCAGAGGACACCAACUCCAGCGAAGAGGGCACGGGCGACAUAACUGCUAUGCCGGGAAUGGACGGGCAGCCCAUUCAUUCAGACAGGACGCCCUCUGUGCAGGACCUCCAUUACAUGACCACCGAUGGCAGACAUCCAGCUGCAGCAAUGCCCAACGGACGCUACCCAGAGGCGGGAGAGACCACCCUGCUGCAGCCCGAGCUGGUCAGCGUGCCUUUGGUAAAGGGGCCGAGCGGAUUCGGCUUUGCCAUCGCAGACUGUCCACUGGGCCAGAAGGUGAAGAUGAUUCUGGAUGCGCAGUGGUGCCGAGGUCUGCUGAAGGGGGACGUGAUAAAGGAAAUUAACAGGCAGAACGUGCAAACCCUCACCCAUGCGCAGGUGGUGGACAUCCUCAAAGACCAGCCCAUGGGCAGCGAGGUCAACGUCCUGGUGCUCAGAGGAGGUCAAACAUCUCCCGUGAAGUCUCUGAAACCUAUCACUCCAGCUAUUCCCAGUGCCCAGAAGCAGGACAUUGCCACCAGUUCCGUCAGUACUGAAACUCCCAGUCCAGCUGAGCCUGGGCCCCAGUCCCUCCCCUUUCCUCCUCAUGCCAUCCGCUCCAACUCCCCAAAACUGGACCCGUCUGAGCUCUACCUCAAGUCUAAAGCCAUGCUGGAAAGCAAACCCGCCAACACUAAAGAACUGGACGUGUUUAUCAGGAGGAACCAGGAGACUGGAUUUGGGUUCAGAGUGCUGGGUGGAGAAGGACCAGACCAGCCAGUGUACAUUGGUGCCAUUGUUCCUCUGGGUGCCGCAGAGAAGGAUGGGCGUCUGCGGGCCGGAGAUGAGCUCAUCUGUAUUGACGGCGUUCCCGUCAAAGGCAAAUCUCACAAACAAGUUCUGGAGCUCAUGACCAAUGCUGCCCGCAACGGGCAAGUGAUGUUGACUGUGUGCAGAAAGCUCACCUAUCCAGAAAGAGAGGAAGAUGAUGGGGGUCAACCUCAGGCCCCACAUGCUCCAGUGCUGGUCAACGGCUCACCCAAAGCACCCCACAACGAGGUGUCCGGCCACAGCCACCCUCAGCCCUAUGACGUCACUCUUCAGCGCAAGGACAACGAGGGCUUCGGAUUCGUCAUCCUCACCUCUAAAAACAAGCCUCCGCCUGGAGUUAUCCCGCAUAAGAUUGGUCGCAUCAUAGACGGCAGUCCCACAGACCACUGCGGUCGGCUGAAAGUGGGUGACCGCAUCUCUGCUGUGAAUGGCCAGUCAAUUAUUGAGCUGUCCCACAAUGACAUUGUGCAGCUCAUCAAAGAAGCUGGGAAUGCUGUUACCCUCACGGUUGUGCCUGAGGAGGAACACAGCGGACCGCCGUCAGGCACUAGCUCAGCCAAGCAGAGCCCAGCCACCCAGCACAGAGCCGUGGGACAGCAGCCUGCCAGCCGAGAUGACAGGAAUGGCGUAGAAACGGAGGAGAGGAAGGACACUAUGGCCCGAGCGGAGUACAAAUCCCAGCCGCAGGGUGAGAUCACCUCAGGACCAAAGCAGGGCUGUUAUCCUGUGGAGUUGGAGAGAGGACAGAGAGGUUUUGGCUUCAGUCUGCGAGGAGGGAAGGAGUAUAAUAUGGGCCUCUUUAUACUUAGACUAGCCGAGGACGGUCCUGCACUGAAAGAUGGCAGAAUACAUGUGGGAGAUCAGAUCGUGGAGAUCAACGGUGAACCCACGCAGGGCAUUACACACACACGGGCCAUUGAGCUCAUCCAGGCCGGGGGCAAUAAAGUGCUGCUGCUUUUGAGGCCCGGACUGGGACUGGUGCCUGAUCAUAAUGUUAAGGAUAUGAUGACAGGUCCAUCUGCAAACUCUCCAAGGUAUUCUGCAUCCAAUGAGCCGUUGACACCAGCAUCUCCAUCCUUCAUCUCUCACUCCCCUGAGGUCAACCCCUCUCCACCCGAGGAGCUCUUCUUCGACCCGGUGGCCACUUCGCACGGACAACUUUACCAACAUUACAGAGACGCCAAACAGCAAACUAGAAAGAGCGACCCAAGCAUGCCUCGCAACAACAAUGACAAUUUUACACUCCCUCGAAGACAGGAUGGGAAAGAACGCUCACGGAGUCCAAAAAAGACUCUAAACAUGGACAACAGGAACGACCCUAGUGAACGAGAACCUCGAUCCGCAAGCCCCAGGAAGACCAAGAAGGAAAACAGUGGGAUCAGACAGGAAAUGCCUCAAAAGGCCACUGACGGAUUGAAGCCUAACUCUGGAAGGAGAUACAAAGACGAGGACACUAUGCACAAGCAGGACAGGGAAACGGGAGAAAGCAGACCUGAGGUCUCAAGAGGUGGCAGUGACAGAUACCAGAGGGACAAGACAGCAGAACCUCAGAGGUCUGAAAGCGGUACCCUCAACCGGAAGGACCAUAGAGGACGAGACAGGCCAGAGGACAUUGAGGGCGUGCCUCAAGAGACUCCCCACAAUGGGAACCCUACCACCAAGAGAGCCCCUAUAACCCCAGGCCCCUGGAAGGUGCCCAGCUCCACAAGGGUUCAGCCUCCGGUGCAUGGAGUCUAAUGCGUUUGGGAGCAGUUAUUGAUGUGAAUCACUGUGGAUUUUGUCUUUUUUUGUAUGACUAUCACCAUCUACACUGAUAACAUGCAGCGUUUGUUUGUGUCCACCAACAAUACGAGCCUCAGUUUUGUUUUGUGCCAAUCAGACUGCAGCUGCAGACUCAUCCAUGUCUCGAUGUCAUCCAUGUGACAAUAACAUGAAGGAUGCUUUUCUGUGAAGGUUUAAAAUGUCUGUUAAUAUUUAAAAAAGGGGAUAGUUCACCCAAAAAUGAAACUUCUGUCAGCAUUUACCGGUAUGACUCUGCAGAACACAGAAGAAGAUAUUUUGAAGAAUGUUGGUAGCCAAAUCAAUUUGGUGACCAUUGACUUCUAUUGUGUAUAGACCAUAAAAUCUUUCAUCUUCCACUGAAGACAGAAAUACAGGGCUGAAAUGACAUGAGGAUGAGUGAAUGAUGACAAAAUAGAUCUUUGGGUAAACUAUCCCUAAUUCUCCAUCUUUGAUUCGCUGCAUGUCCUUACAAAGACUUUUCCAGUGAUGCAACUGUCCUCAAGAUCCAGUCCUGAGAAGUGACUCUGUGUAGGCUGUGCAUUAUUCAGUUUUUUGCAGUGAAUUUUCCACAUAUCCAUCUUUAAAAGACCAGAAACUUGUGGUUAAGUAUAUUGUUUACUACUUGUGUGUUGAUGAAGACGCAUAUGUAAUUUAUUGAAAUGAAUAUGAUGAUAUAAACAUAUACAUGUAGAGGUAUAGAUAUUUGUAUCCAUUCUGAGCCAGGUCACUUAUUAGUGUUCCAGCUUGCCGAUACGACUUCCGGCUUCCUAACAAACAUAUUUUUUCACAGUGCUAUAGCUUUUACAGUUAAUCUCGGUGGAGCAUUUGCAAGGUGUGUACAUUUGGGAUCAAAUGUUCACUCGUAUCAUUAGCAGGUGAAGCAGAACUGGGAGAAAUUCAGAUAUAUUUUUGCAUACUAUCCAAUCUAACAUAUAUUUUUUCUUAUUCUUUUUAGCACAUCAAAUGAUUCAUACUGCAUCAUUUUCCCAAUAUUGGGAAUUCAUAUUCAUUUAAAGUGUCUUUGUGCAUCUGUAUCUUUCAGAUUAAAUGUCAAGAUGCUGUCUUAUAUCCAAGGGAAAUGUAGCUCUGAAUUAUGUUGGAUGUUAUUCAUCAGGUUCUUAAAGCCUCAAACAAUUGGCACAGAUUCAGACGCAAGAUAUAACAAUGUCUAAUAUCUUUUUUCGUAACAGUAUUUUUGAAAUACCAUAAAUAUUGAGUGUCCAUACGGACAGAGCAGACAUCAGUCAAACAUUGCAUAUGCUGCAGCGCUUCUAUGUUUUGUCAUGAUGAAAAAUGUGAAUACUUUCUAAUACGGUUUAUGAUUGCUUCGUGAUCAUUAAUCUCAACCCUUUUGUAGCUUGUUUCUCUAGUGCAUCUCAUGUCCUGGGGUUGUAUGUAUGAUACUGUGGCCUUGCAUUGCUUUAUCUUACACAAAAAAAGCCUUGUGGUCUCUACAUUGUGGUAGUUGUAAAUGUUUAUAAAAAUACAAUGUACAGCACCUGUAUAAAACUUGCCUUCGUGAGGGGAAAAACAAGAAGAAAAAAAAUCUAUAAAUCACUCCAUUAUUU